CAGUUGCGUAUAUACUUUUCGAUGUGUAUAUGUAACGUGUACGAGGUCACCUGACAGCACAUAUAUAUACAUGUGUAUAUAUCAAUUUUGUAAGCUUGUGAUAAAGGUUAUAUAACAACGAUGCCCUCGUUGUUGGUCAUCCUGAUUGGACUGGUGCUUAUAGGAUUGUGCUAUUGUGAAUCAUGCGACUCAGUUACUGACUGCCACUCAACCAACUGUAAAGACUAUCACCAUGGAAACUGGAUACUUGAAUGCAAACACCACAAAUGCCAAUGCAAAGAGACAAACGCAUGCGGGACCACACCUUGUUUAAAUGGCGGAACGUGUCACUCUACGGGGACUGGUACCAUGUAUACGUGUGAGUGCGUUAGCGGGUUUUGGGGAACCAGAUGCGAACAUAAUGCACACUGCAAUAAAAAUCCAUGUCACAACGGCGGAACAUGUUCUGAGGACAGACAUAGACCCUUCUACAAGUGCAGUUGCCUGAGUGGAUAUUAUGGACACGCUUGUGAACAUUUCUCAUCAGCAUGCGAUUCUAAUCCUUGUGUUCAUGGAAGAUGCAUGCCGUCGAGUUCGGGACAUGGUUACACGUGUCGGUGCCGACAAGGUUUUUCUGGGGACAGAUGUCAAGCUCACGAAUGCGAAAGACAUCCCUGCAAUAAUGGUACUUGCUAUAGAACGGCUACCAGUCCCCACUUUGCUUGCAGUUGCUUCACUGGUUACCAUGGAAUCCAUUGUCAAUUUGAAAGCUGCAAAGAAGUGAGAUGUCACCAUGGAGGAACUUGUAGACCCACUGUUCAUUCACCAUUCCAUACUUGCAGUUGCUUACCAGGAUUUCAGGGAACAAGCUGCCUACACAGAGUUCCGCAUUCAACGACAACAGCCAAACCAGCACUAGCAACAAUUAACACCGACAGAGUUCCGCCUUCAGCGACGACAGCCAAACCAGCAGUAGCAACAAUUAACACCGACAGAGUUUCGCCUUCAACGACAACAGCCAAACCAGCAUUAACAACAAUUAAAACCGGCCCUGCCUGCUUGGCUUGUAGUAAUGUGGUAUCACCUGAUACAUGUGAAAAUAUUGUCCAGUGUGGAAUCCACGAGGUUUGUUACGUGGACCAGUUCGUUAACAGCAUUGGCAGUUUCAGAUUUAACCUAGGAUGUCGUGACAAGGCGCAAUGUGACGUCAUGCAAAGAGGUGACUCACAAAAUACUGCCAGUGGACAGGCUGCUGACACCCCGCAGCUCUACGUAUGCACAGAAUGUUGCAGAAACAGUUUAUGUAAUAGCGGAGGAUGCGGGGAACAAGGUUUUCAAUCAUUUACUUCUGGACAAAGGGGGCCAAUUUGCUUUAAAUGUGAGCAGCAAAGUAGUCCAAACGACUGCAAUAAAAUCAGAAUCUGCGGUCGGGAUGAGGUAUGUAUGCUGAAUACGACAUCAGUUGGGACGAGUCAUCAGAUGCUAUGGAAAUCGGAUUGCCAGAAAAAAUCGACAUGUCAACACACUGGUGUUAUCAGUUCUAACUCAGGGAAUGGUGGCUGUUCGAAGAAUUGCUGUUCCCAGGACCUAUGUAAUAAUGUGUGUUAAGGUAAAACUGAAAUAAACAUUUUGAAAUAUAAUAUUGACUCUGAUAUUAAAAACACCCCUAAAGUCUUUAUAUUUGUCCCCGACUGUAAAACUAGAAAGAUUGAAAACAAAACAGGCCGUAAAGCCUCAUAUUUAAAACCAAACAAACUAAGAUAUGCAAAAUUUUAAUGGGAAAAUAAGUCGUAAUUAUAUACCCAUUUAGUUCCCGUUUCGUGAAACCAAAAAAAAAUGAUAAAAAUGUAAUUGAAUAUACCUAUUUUCGAAUAAAAUGCGUCGUACGCGUUUCGGUACACGGAACAGUCAUUUUAAUGAGAUAUUUAGCAAUUUUAUACAAGUGAAGGCCACGUUAAAAAAGUGAGUAAUUUGAUUUUUUAUAGUUUAUUGAUGUAUAUUUGAUUUAAUGAUUAAAAAUGGAAUCUGGUAAUUACUAGAAAAUAAACGUUACCAGAUCCUUCCUUUAAGUAGACAUAGGACAUAGAGAUCAAUAUAAUUGCAACUUUACUAAUCCUACCAGGUGUUCUGUAUUACAAAAGUGGUUCUAUUGUGAUAUUUUGAUACAAGCAAAACUGUAUUAUCUGCACUAUUAUUUACCUACUGGUACUUCAUUUUAUUAUUGGAUUGUUAAAUGUUAAUUUUUUACCAUAUGUAAGUUGACAGAAUCAUAGGAACCAUAUUUUGAGGGGUAAAUCAAACACAAAUGAAUAAAUUCUAAAUUUUGUUGUGCAAAAAAGUAUGAUAUUGUGUCUAAAACAGUUUUCAUUUUCCACUCAAUUGUGUAAUUGCAAGGGAAGUAAACUAAUAGAUAUCUCUUUAUAAGUACUAGCCCAAGGCAAGAGUUGUCAUUCUUUGUAGAUCACAACUUUAAAUUAAAAAUUUAAACUUCUGUUAUUGUUAUUAAGAAAACUAUCAUAAACUUCACAUUUGUGAAAUCAUUUUUGGUUAUUUCAGGGCCUUGGAAAUCAAUUUCUAGACUUUAUUUAAUGUAAUACUAUCACUGAAAAUUUUAGGGUCUUUUGUUUUUGUUGUUGUUGUUGUUUUGUUUUUUUUUUUUUGGUUUAACGCCGUUUUUCAACAGUAUUUCAGUCAUGUAACGGCGGGCAGUUAACCUAACCAGUGUUCCUGGAUUCUGUACCAGUACAAACCUGUUCUUCGCAAGUAACUGCCAACUUCCCCACAUGAAUUAUCAGAGGUGGAGGACUAAUGAUUUCAGACACAAUGUCGUUUAUCAAAUAGUCACGGAGAACAUACGCCCCGCCCGAGGAUCGAACUCGCGACCCCGCGAUCCGUAGACCAACGCUCUUACGGCCAUAUUUGCUCACACAAGUAUUGUGCAUGCCGACGCACUUACACUGUUUCAAAAUUGGUACAAAAAUCUCAUUUCAAACUAAUAUUUCUUGAAGGUUGCCUGAUGCAUGAUCUAAUUGACUUGUAAAAUCUUAUUGAUAUGUAAAUGAUUAGAGGAAAAUUGACCAAGACAGUGUUUUUGAACAUCUAGAUAUUGACGUCGCUUCUGCGUCGCAAAGAUAAACAUGUAAGCUCCUGUAUGUUUACAAUUCCCAGUGAACUCACAUUUACACUUCAUGAUUUUAAUAUAAAAAUCUAAACAACUAAACCGUAACUUACUUCUUAAUUUAUUUGAUACAUUUCACAAGUUUUGUGAAUGAAGAAGAAAAAAAAAUAACACUGAAUUUGGUAAAGUAUUUUAUAUACAUUUUCAUUUGUUCUGUACAUUUUUAAUGCGAAAAUUUAUUUUUGUGUAACUGAUAUCGAUAAUCGAUAUCCUUUGAUAUGUUUUAAUGUGUUAUUUACAGGAUGGAGGUUUUGUGGUACACCGGUUUGCAUGGUGUAUGGCUUAGAAUGUUUUUAGAAUGUGGUUUUGCCUGUUGGAUAU